UGAUGCAUCCAAUCGGCUGGAUUUUCUUUAAAAUAUUAUUCGUUUUUCCAGUAUUUUCAGAGUAAUAUAAUCAAUUAUCUUAACUUCUUUAGUUCCAACGUUUGUAUAUAUCUUCCUAGCUGUUACAAAAAAUUAUGUUAAAAGUGUAAAAAAAAUUCAAGAACAUUUAUUUACUGUAACAAAAAUUAAUCUUUUACGGAUUUUGAGUCAUCCAGCACCAACGGUGAAAGUACCGAAAUUUCGGCAGCUAGCUAAUUUUGCUAGUUAAUUUUACACCAAACUUAUUGGGCAUUUCAAAAUUCUUCAAAAUUUCCAGGAGACUCCUCGACGCCUACAACAAAAUAACGGCAGAAAAUCCAACUGCACCUAAUCCUCAAUCUUCAUCCAUCAUUAUCCCAGAACAAGUUUGACCUGCUUCUUCUCCAUUUUCUUCCAUUCGUGUUUUCACUGACCUCGAUUUCACUUCCAACUGCCUUUCGAUUUUCCAUCCUCAUUCUUGUUGUUUUCUCCCGAUCCAUUUGAAAUUUUGUGGAACGGAUUCGAAACAUGCGGCUUUUCAUCCUUCUCGUGGCUCUUUUCGUCAUUUGUGCCUGUUUCGACAAGUUCUCAUUGAGCAAGGACAAGGGAACCAGAGCCAAUUUGAAGCACCCGAUCUCCCGCCGAGUCCUUCGAUAUGAGCGUUCGGUAGCGUACGAAGACUUCCCGACACCUGGAGAAAUGACUCCAAAAUAUGUACCAAUUAUGGAUUUUGCAAAAGUUCGGCCAGAAAUUCCAUCAAAAACGAAGCACAAUUCUGAGUUCGCCGACGCCGACUACCAACCAGACCUCGAUUUUUAGUCGUUGACUCUUCAAAUUUUGCUCCUCACUUCUACCCUUGUUUUUCCGGGUAUACAAAACAAUUCUCUUCCUCCAGAACUUUCGUCGCUUCAAAUUCAAAAACUCUACAGAUCAACAUUGUACAUAUUCAUCGGGUAUUAUUAUAAUAAAUCGAUUUCCAUAUGUU